AUGUAUAAAGGCUUUCUUCUUGGUAGCAAUGGCAUCAGAAACUGAGAUACCCCUCAACUACUCGACUGUCACCCGAUUGAGAGAAAUAUUAACGAGAGCAAUUCUAUUUCUGCAAACAUGCGGUCAAUUGUGUUUCUGGGGCUUGCGGCUCUCGUCUGCGGCAGUGAAAAUUUGCGGUAUCAACGUCUAGUGCUACCAAAUAAACGCGGUCUUCCGGUGGCUUAUCCGUCGCAUGGAUCUCCUUCCUACUCGGCACCCAUUUCUUCGAGUGUGAGUUCCGGUUAUAAUCUAGGAGGAUCAUCCGGUGGUUUCUCUCUUGGACAUGCUGGAGUAAGCCUAGGCAACUCUAUCGGUCACGGAAUCAAAUAUUCUCUACCUUCAACCGGCCUCGGUUCUGGAUAUCUUUCUUCUGGAUUAGGCCACAGCUCAUUGAAUCUUCAGGGUGCUCAUGCCUCCCUUGCCGGACAUUCGGCUCAAAGCACGUAUUCCGCGCCCAGCGUAACUAGCAUCAAUUUAGGAAAUGGUGGAGGAAGCAAUCUCAUCUCGUCGAAGACUGGCCCCGUCACCUUUGGAUCCCAGAGCGGUAGUGACGCCGCGAGCACUUCCGGUUCCAGUUCGUAUUCUUCCGCACCAAUUUACGCUUCCGCAGCUCAUGGAUUCUCGGCUUACAACGGGGGAUCCAGCAUUAAUGUUCCGGUUGUACUGGGAUCGUCGCAUGGUUCCGCGUCAAGCUACAGUCUUCCUGUUCAAUCUGCUCCUUCGAGUCCUUUACAUUCCGUGACGGGCGGCUUAAUUAUCGCCAGCGGCUCGCACGAUGGUUCCUCCAGCUACAGCCUCCCUCAAUCUGGAUCCUCUCACGGCAUUUCUGCCCUCAGCAGUUCUUCCGGCUCUCACGGAGCAUCCCCUACGUAUUCCCUUCCGAUAACUUCUGGCUCUCACGAUAUUUCCGCAUUAUCUUCCGGCUCUUCAUCAUCCAGUUAUUCCGCACCGGUUUCUUCAGGAUCUUACGGCUCUUCAAGCUCUCACCCCGGAUUUUCGAGUUCCUCGUCAGAUAAUUCCAAUUACGAGGUGCCAAUUUCUUCGGGAUCUUACUCGAACUCUGGAUCGUCCAGUUCCUCGUACGUGAAUUAUCUGCCGUCUCAUUCAUCCGGCAGCAGUUCUAGCUAUUCCAGUCCUAACGUCAUUUACGCAGCCCCGAGUUCUUCCCAUUCCGGUUAUUCUGGCUCUGGUUCCGGCUAUUCCGCUCAUAGCUCGAGCUACACGAGUCCCAGUCACAGCUAUUCCAACCCCGUGACUUAUACCGGAGCAUCCACUUAUACGCCCACGUAUUUAAGUCCUUCUGGUUCGUACGGAACACCUGCGGGAUCGCACGGAGCUUAUUCCAGUGUUAGUCCAAGAUAUUCAAGACUCGCUCUAGCAAAAUCAUAUGACACCGCGGAGGCAGGGAACGAAAAGUAUGACACGAUCUCGUAUUCGUCUUCUAACGGAAAAUAUGGAGUCGUUUAAUUUAUAUUUUGUAGCUUUAUAUUUUGCAACUCACGCAUAUGCUAAUGUUAUUAAAUUCGCUUUGAUAAUUUAAAGUUAUAAUUAUAUAUUGUACGUGUUUUAGCUUCUGCGACAAAUAAGUUAAGCACCAAAAAAUUGUCACAAUUUAAAAUUAUCGAGUGGCUUUAAUUUUAUGCUGACUAGAUCUUGCCAUGAGAAAUAGUAGUAAAUAUUUACUAUUCAAGGAUAAAUUGGAGAAUCAUGUAUAUUGUAUAAUGAUAGCAAUAAUAACCCAGGCUCUCCAAAGAAUUGCUUGGAUAUAUUUAUAUUUAAA